CCCUGCCAUCUCGCCAGAGUGCUGGCUCCCAGCAUGCCAUGCGUGAGCACACUGACAGCCUUAUAAAUAGUCGCCUUUGCAGGCGGCUGAGAGGACGGGCAGGGCACACACUGGUCCCAGCGCCCACCACACCCUUCCCCAGGUGCCUCCAACAGACCAAGGCACACGCUGGAGGGUGACAGAGGCAGUAGAAGCUAGCAGGAAGGUGACUUUUCAAGAGUACUGACCUAGCUCCCAGACCUCAGCAGGAUGGAAGAGAAGCUGAAGAAAGCCAAGAUCAUCUUUGUGGUGGGUGGGCCUGGCUCAGGAAAGGGCACCCAGUGUGAGAAGAUUGCAGAGAAAUAUGGCUACACCCAUCUCUCCACUGGAGAUCUGCUGCGGGCAGAAGUCAGCUCAGGAUCAGAGAGGGGCAAGAUGCUGUCAUCCAUCAUGGAAAAGGGGCAACUGGUGCCACUGGAGACAGUGCUGGACAUGCUCCGGGAAGCUAUGAUGGCCAAAGUGGAUUCUUCCAAUGGCUUCCUGAUUGACGGCUACCCCAGGGAGGUGAAGCAGGGAGAAGAGUUUGAACAUCGGAUUGGACAGCCCACACUGCUACUGUAUGUGGACGCAGGCCCUGAUACCAUGACCCAACGACUCCUGAAGCGCGGGGAGACCAGUGGCCGUGUGGAUGAUAACGAGGAGACCAUCAAGAAGAGACUGGAGACCUAUUACAAGGCCACAGAGCCUGUUAUUUCCUUCUAUGAGAAGCGUGGCAUUGUGCGCAAGGUCAAUGCGGAAGGCACUGUGGAGACUGUCUUCUCCCAAGUCUGCACCUACCUGGACUCCCUGAAGUAACUGGGGCUCUUGGCCAGCUCCCAGCCUGCCCCACCCUUGCCCCCUGACCCCAGGCAGCCUGGCUCGAGCCCAGCACCUCCACCCUGCUGGGCUGUGCACAGACACAGGAAGCUGCUUUAUCCUGUUCCAUGAACAUCCGAGCGAGCACUAAAGGAAUUGCCAAGGA